CCCAGGAGGCAAUGCGCAGGGGAGCACGGGUAAGAGGGCAGGUGUUAGAAUCGCUGGAAAGGCGGGCGCCCUUUGUCUCAAGACCAUUGGCUAUUGGAGGGGCGGUACAUGGGAGUCCACUGGCCAAUGGGAAGCACGGAAGGGGCAACGCGGGUAAAGCUACGUGGUCACCUUGGAUACCAAGCACGCGACUUCUUGUUUGGAGAGGGUGGAGCUUUGGAGUGAGACCCAGGACGCCAAAUCCCAAAGAGAAAAAUAGGAGCCUAAAUAAGGAUCAGGACCAAGGGAAGGGUUACCAACAAUCAACGUGAGAAUAACCUUUGAAUAUUUUCAAGCAUUAAGAUUUGUUUAUACAGCUGCACAAUUAGACAACCAACACUCUUGGGUCUUUACCUCUCAGCAUACACCUGAUUAUUAACUUAAAGAUGGAAUUUUACUGUGUCAAGAAGCAUUGAAUGCUGAGCGGGAGCUAUGUCAUCCAGAUACAGAUCUCUGCAGAUUUGAUGCUACAGAUGAAGAGUUGAGAUUGUGUCAGGCCUGUGGGUUUGAAUUUGACAUGUGUGAGUGGACGUCAGAAGCAUCUGCUGGCCAAAUUUCCUGGAUGCGCACAAAAGCGAGAGAGAUCCCUGCAUUUGAAUCCACACCUCAGCAGGAUCAAGGAGGUGAUGAUGAAGGUUAUUAUGUAUGGGUAGGCGCUAAGCAUGCUUUCACUCUUAACCAUUUAGACAGCAGGGCUUACCUAAAUAGCUGUGUGUGUCAUUGCCUGGGCAAGAGCUGUCAUCUUCAAUUCUAUUAUGCAAUGGAAAGCAGUGUCCUGAGAGUAAGACUGUAUAAUAAUGAGGAAGAAGAAAUAUUUUGGACAUACAACAUAUCAACUCACAGCCAAUGGGUGAAAGCAGAUGUGUUAAUACCAGAAGAUCUGAAGACAUUUAAGAUUAUUUUUGAAGGGACUCUUUAGAGCCAGAGAAGUUUUAUUGCCCUUGAUCACCUCUGGGUCUAUGCCUGUGGACAGACCCAAUCCAGAAAGCUUUGCUCUGCAGACGAAUUCCCUUGCACUAGUGGCCAGUGCAUCGCCAAAGAAUCUGUCUGUGACUCUCGGCAGGACUGCUCCGAUGAGAGUGAUGAAGACCCAGCAACUUGCUCAAAGCAUCUCACCUGUGACUUUGAGUCGGGUUUCUGCGGUUGGGAGCCAUUUCUCACAGAAGAUUCACACUGGAAGCUGAUGAAAGGAUUGAAUAAUGGAGAGCACCACUUUCCUGCAGCUGAUCACACAGCAAACAUAAAUCAUGGAUCGUUUAUUUAUUUGGAGGCACAGCGCUCCCCCGGGGUGGCCAAGCUUGGAAGUCCUGUUCUUACAAAAUUGCUCACUGCCUCUACCCCAUGUCAGAUGCAGUUUUGGUAUCAUUUGUCUCAACAUUCAAAUCUCUCAGUUUUUACAAGAACGUCUCUAGAUGGAAACUUGCAAAAGCAAGGCAAAAUAAUCAGAUUCUCCGAAUCUCAGUGGAGCCACGCAAAAAUUGAUCUCAUUGCAGAAGCGGGAGAAUCUACUCUACCUUUUCAGUUAAUUUUGGAAGCUACUGUUUUGUCAUCAAAUGCUACCGUUGCUCUAGAUGACAUCAGUGUGUCCCAGGAAUGUGAAAUUUCCUAUAAAUCACUACCAAGGACCAGUACACAAAGCAAGUGGAGAGAGCCUGUUUUACGCUCUUAAUCUCAAUUUUGAAGCCAGAUUUGUGCCUGGUGAGGAUGCCGGUUGUAUUUCAUCCAGGAAGAUACGCGAUUUUCCAACUGAGUGCCCAAAGGGAGCACAUGAAACUAAUUGCUGUGAGUGCAUUACUGACUCCUUCAGCAGAUAUUUAUAUGUACAUAUUUACUCUCUGAACGUAAAGUGCACACGACUCAAGUGAGCAUUGUAUGAUGAAGACAGUCAGAACAGAGACCUCUGCAUGAUGGAAAUGACUUGCCGGUGAGAACAAACCAGAUUCUCUUUAAACUAGAGGCGAUGAAUGAAAACGUCCUGCUAACUUUCAGUUUUGCCCUGUUGGAGAAUAACAUUUGAAAUAUAUGCAGGAUAACGCUCAAAACACAAGAGCAAGGAUGUAUCUAGCCAGUCGUAGAAAAAUAAGUAACACAUGACACCACUUAUAUGAGGUAUCCAUGUAGUCAUAUUUGUAGAAUCAGAGUAAAAUUGUGGUAACCAGGUUCUGGGAGGAGAGGAAGUGGAAAAUUACUAAUCAACAGGCAUACAUUUUCAGUCAAACAAGAUGAAUAAGCUCUAGACAUCUGCUGUAUAACAUGGUAUCUAAAGUCAAUGACAAUGUAUUGUACACUUAAAAAUGUGUUGUGGGGGUAGAUCUGGCUGGAUGCAGUGGCUCAAGCCUGUAAUCCCAGCACUUUGGGAGGCUGAGGCAGGUGGAUCACUUGAGGCCAGGAGUUCAAGACCAGCCUGGCCAACAUCACAAAACCCCAUCUCUACUAAAAAUAUAAAAAUUAUCAGGGCAUGGUGGCACACACCUGUAAUCCCAGCUACUCAGGAGGUGCAGGUUGCAAUGAGCUGAGAUCACACCACUGCAUUACAGCCUGGGUGACAGAGAGAGACCCUGUCUGCCACCCCCCCAUAAAAAAGAGGGUAGAUCUUAUAUUUUCUUAUCACAAUAUAUGUAUUAUAAACAUUUAUUUAUUAAAUUAUUUUUAACAUCAUA